ACACCAAUAUAUCUAACCUAAAAACCAGUGUUGUUAUCAUCUCCCCGCCUGGCAAUUUUGCAAUUUUCACGCUUUUCUCAUGUGAUUUAAUCCUCUUUUUAUUUAAUUUUCACCACCUAUGUUUUGUUUUAGUUUAUAGUGUUAUCGAUUUGUGCACCUCAACUCUAAUGACAGUCUAGCCCUCUUGUCUUACGUCGCAAUUAUGGCGUCCCUUCUAAGAACAUCCCUCAACCCGAGGAAUGUCUUGCGGCUUGGAAGUAAUAUCGAACCCCAAUUUUCCCCUGCUACUACUCCAUGGACACAAACCGUACGGUGGAGGAGGGACAGGAAACCUAUGUGGCUAGGACCCAGCAAAUCAAAGAGGUAUUGGGUUCCUCCUCGGCCCAAUCAACCGCUAGAGGAAAAGGUAGAGCUGCGGAGGCUCUUCACACGAUACAAAACUGAAGUUAGCGCAUUGCAUGACCUGAUCAAAGAAAACAUGAAAGAGGUGCAGGAGAAACAGAAACAAGCCCUUCAGUUUCAGUCAAAAGAGGAAGAAGAGGCCGAGUGGGUAGAGUGUAUGGCCAUUAAUGAUGACUGGAACGCGGAGUCUGCUGCGCUCAGGGAGCAGAGGAUAGCACGCGAGUUGGAAGCGGUCGAAGAACGCGCUUUGCAGUUAAAACUUGCUCGAGAUGAGGAGAAGCGGAAACUGGCAGCGGAGUUAAAUGCUAAAGUUAGAGCAGAAAAGGAGAGAUCCAAAACGUACAUAACUCCAGAAAACAUAGAUGAGGCAAUAGAGCAAGCUUUAAACUCAGUCGUAGAUUUUAACUACUCCAUAGAUCUUCGAGGAAAUAAGUAUAUUGGCAGGAGGACUAAACCUGAAUCCCAAAAUGCGAAGAGGAUCAGUGAUAGUCACGAACCGAUAAAGAGAGAAAUUGCUGCUUAGUGCAAAAUCACUCUGUAGAGGUAACUCUUAUUUUGUUCUAUUUUAAUAAUUAUUAAUUCUAUAAGUUAAGAUUUUGUCAAACGCUUGUCAAAAGUCCUGUAUAUAAAUUGAGCAUGUUUUCAUUUUCAA